CCAAGAGCCUAAUUACGUUAUUGUUCCAUAAGUUCAUGGCCUGCGGUCAUCAGGGAAAAUAAAACACUGACUGGGGGUCGGUCUUUUCUGUUUAGAGGAGGCUCCCUGAAACCUCCCCCUCCCGGGUUCAAGCGAUUCUCCUGCCUCAGCCUCCCGAGUAACUGGAACUAUAGGCGCCCGCUACCACUCCCGGCUAAUUUUUUAUUUAUUUAUUUUUUUGUAGAGACGGGGUUUCACCGUGUGAGCCAGGAUGGUCUCGAUCUGCUGACCUCGCGAUCCGCCCGCCUCGACCUCCCAAAGUGCUGGGAUUACAGGCGUGAGCCACCGCGCCCGGCCUCAGCUGGUUUUUCAAAAGUCAUGGCGUGUAAUUGUCAGAACAGUGAACUUCGGAGAUUCACCGGAGGGGCGAGGCCACAGCUCGACCGCGAGCACCUGAGCAUCCUGCACCGCCUGCGACGGCCGUCAGGGGGCGCGAUGCCGCCUCACAGAACCUCAAGAGGCGCCCGGGUUCCGGCACAGACGCCCUGCGGCUCCAGGGGGCGGAGCCGAGCCGCCUCCUCAGGACCUACGCAGGAGACGCCUCCAUCCCUACAGGGACACCUGAGAGGACCCAGCCUCCUCCUCCUCAGGACCCACUCGGGAGACGCCGCUGGCUCUAUAGGAACACCUGGGGACCGUGGCCAGGGACGACCCAGCCUCCUUCUCCUCAGCUCCUCAGGAACGACUGGGGAAGCUGUGGCUUCAUGGUCCCCGAGGCUGCCCGAGGAAAGGUAUUUCAGGACAGCCAGGAGGGGGCGCACAUCCGCCGAGAAACUGUGAGCAAGAGCGUCUGUGCUGAACCAUGGCUCCACCAGAGGGCGCGCGAUCCCGCCCCAACCAACUUCCCGCUGAGGUGCCAGAAGCAGCGAGGAGCUUCAACUUCCUCAGGGCAGCACGAGGGUCAUGUUAAUUUGGUGUUCUUCAUUGGUUGUUGGAACGUAAUAAGAGUUAAUGUGUGGUCUCUGCUGCAGUGUCCUGAAACAGAGCGCUAAGCCUCGGGAAUGUACGAAGUAAUGUGUCUUUCGUAUGCUAAUGAAAUGAUUGAUGGCUGGGGGCACCUGGAUAGCCUCAGUGGGGCUGGCUGCCAAGGGAAGCCACCUUGUCAUUAGAGGAUUUGAAAUUUCUUCCCCCGUCCCAUCUCUGUGAAGGGGAGAGGUGCUGAUGGUUGAGUUGAUCACCUAUGGCCACAGACGUAACCAAUUUGCCUGUGUAAUAAAGGACAGGGUUGGGAGAGCAUCUGUGUUGCUCUCCCAACACAGGAGAUACUGGGAGAAUCAUGUCUGGUGAGGGCAUGGGUGGCCUGCAUUCCUUCCACAUACCUCACCUUGUGCAUCUCUUCGUCUGGCUUUUCAUUUGUAGCGUUUAAAAGAUCCUUGGUAAUAAGUCAGGAAUAGUAAGUACACUGCGUUCAUGGGUUGUGCAAUGUGAUGUAGCAAAUUGCUGAACCCAAUAAGGGUGUUGUGGGAGCCUCCAAUCUGUAGCAAAGUCAGACAGAAGGUAACCUGGGAACCUACUGUUUGUGGUUGGCACCUUAAGUGGUUACAGUCUUGUAACGGAGUACCCAUAUUUUCUUACAGAAUAAAUGAAUUAGUUUUACCAUUUUGCUGUUCCUGCACUUAGCUCUUUAGGAAUGCAAUUAUAAGCUUUACUGUCUCUCCACCAGACACUUCCUAUACUGCAAACUUUUCCAACUGUGUGAUAACUUAAAAGUUCCAGGGACCAAACCUUGAAACAAACUGGCACUUCCAUAUCUCUCCCCCACCAGGAGAUUGGCAGCAGACAACAGUCAAUUUACAACCUGGCUCUGCCCAUGGUGGUGCUAGCAAGAUCACCUAAUGGAGAAAACAUCAGAGCAUGUCCCAUAGACCCUGCACCUCCUCACCUCAUCCCCUGCGUGCCAUUCUGGCAAGUCCGAAAGCCCUGCUUUCUGCCCAGAAAGUGGAAGCGCUUCCCUUAAGGCAAGAGCCUGUAUGUUCCCUUCAGCUAAGCUCUGGCAUAAAGUCACUUUCUUUUUACCAUCCUUGUGUUUGUCAUUUAAAUUUGCAAGCAACAAGGGGCAUGACGUGUAUUCCUAGGACUGAGUCCUUAGCCUGUGGGGUCUGAUGCUUUCUCCAUUUACUGUCACAAUUGGGUUGCACUGUAGGACACCCAGCUGGUACCCAAGAUUUGGUCUGUGUGGGGAAAAAACCGAUGUAUCUGGUAACAGAAGUGUUCUGUGUUGAGUGUUGAGAGUAUACUAUAAGACAGUUGUUUUUCCUAUUAUAACAUUUUGUCUUUCAACUUUUUUCUUCAUGUCUUCUGAGACGUAAAAGUUGUAAAUUUUGAGGAAAUAAAUUGAUUUAUUUUUC